AGAGUAAGAGAUACUAAAGGAAACAAUGAAAGCUCAACCGUGCAAAGAAUACAAAGUUAAUCAAUCAACAUAGCACUUCAAACCCCCAACAAAAAUGGUUCAGAAAUUGAGAAAAUUAACAACUACCCAAAUUAAAAAAAAAAAAACCAUGAAACCAUGAAGAUCUAGAGAAGAUUGUGCCUGUUAAAAGAGAUAAAAGAAAGAUCUAAAUAGGGGCAUACCACCAUGUGGAGAAAAGAGUUCGAAGGAACACAAGCUGUUGGGUUUCUAAAUGCAAUUUCAUCCACUUCUCCCUCAAGCUUCAGAAAAAAGGAUUUGAAGCCUUGAACUGAAUCAUAAAUCUCCCAACACCCAUCAGAGUAAAAGAUACUAAAGGAAACAAUGAAAGCUCAACAGUGCAAAGAGUACAAAGUUAAUCAAUCAACAUAGCACUUCAAACCCCCAUCAAAUACAAUUCAGAAAUUGAGAAAAUUAACAACUACCCAGGUUAAAAAAACCAUGAAACCAUCAAGAUCUAGAGAAGGCUAUGCCUAUUAAAAGAGAUAAAAGAAAGAUCUAAACAAGGGCAUAUUGCCAUGGUGGAGAGAAGAGUUCGAAGGAACCCAAACUACUGGGUUCUUAAAUCCUUAUCUUCAACCUCUAAAUCCUUUCAUUUUCUCUCCCCUUCCCCAACACCAAAUCUGGGUUCCUUUGCAGGUUCCCACUUGCUCAACUUCAUACUCUGUGUGCCGGUGAAACUGAUGAUGAAGAGGAAGAUGAGGCUGCAGAUGAUUAGGAUGAGGAUGGAGGUGAGGAGGAAGAUGGAUCUAGUGAGGACGGUGAACAACAAGAAGGAGAAAGGAAAGGAAAGGAGAGAGAGAGAGAAAGAAGGGACUGGGCUAGGUAUGUUUGGAGUUAACGGAAAGUAACAAGGAGAGUGACUGUGUGUAAUGUAGUGUGUAACGGAAGAUGGUGUUUCCAUUGUCAAAAUUUUGUAAGUGUGAUGCAUAAAACUUAUAUGUAGGGAAUCCUAUCUCUUUAGUUUAUUGUUAUGUUUUACAAAACUCCAUUUUGAAUUUAGAAAACUGUUAUAUGGAAGUGGGAACUGUUAAUAUCAGUGAAAGUGGGAAAAAUUAGUAUUAAUGGCACAUUAGGAUAAGAGUGUUUACGGACUAUGAUCAGCUCAUGAAUUCAUUCUAUAAGAACAAAAUGUGACGCAUACUGGAGUAAAUUCUUGAUUUUGUUAUAAGAUUAGUGACUAAGAAAUGUAACUGCAUUAUUUAAUCAUGCCAAGAUUUGUUGUUUUUAUUCAUGGCUAAUAAUCGAAUCUCAUAUCAGCUAGGGAAAAUUAUGCAUUCCUCCUGUUGUAGGAAUAAAAGGUAUGCCCUUUU